AUGCUGACAUGUUGUUAUUGGAUAGAAGAUGCGAGACUUUUGUAUCGGGAUGAACAACCAUUAGAAAGUGUUCCCACCUCUGUACGACCAUCUGCAAAUGACUUCGAGACAAACCCACUGGUGAACGACGGGGAGAGCUUCGCUCUCGACUCGUAUGGAGAAUACUGGUUUAUGGGCCCAACAUCAUCAUGGGCCUUUUGCAGACGCGUACUGGUAGCGAUUGGCAGUCACACGCCUGACCCGGAGCCGCCACUCCGUCCUUGGGACCUCGAAACUUUGAAUCUCACAUGGAAUCCAAUUGGUCUCAAUGAGCAACCUGAUGUUGAAAGCCUGCCGUCAUAUGAGUAUGCCGUGUUCAAUUUGGCUGCAGUCAAAUACCACCUGAGUCCAUUCUCCGAGAUUAUCGAUUAUGAUGAGUUUGAUCAGCGCCUGAAGCAGUUUUACGAGAGCCCGGCCACUGAAGCUAAGCACGCAAGGUACUGGUACAGCCAACUUCUAUUUGUUCUAGCAUUCGGAGAAGCCUUCAAUGCGACAGGGACAUCCAAGUCUGUACCUGGCGUGGGCUAUGCUUCUCGCGCCUUAUCCCUCCUCCCGACUAUGAUACCCAUGGAGAAAGAGCCUCUAAGGGCUGCCGAAGCCUUAUGUUUGGGCGCACUCUAUCUUCAAGCGUUGGGUUUGAGACUGAUGUCGUUCCAGCUCAUAGGCCAAGCUCUGCAAGUUUGUGUCCUCGAUGGCAUGCACAGACAUAUGCCGCCCCAACAAGUAGAGCCACGACACGCACAACGAUGCAACACCGUUUUCUGGUCUGCGUACAUUAUUGAUCGAGAGUUUUCCACUUUGGUUGGAACUCCUAGCUCUAUCAGAGAUGAAGAUAUUACAACCAAACUUCCUACGAAAAUCGCCAACACUGCAGGUGCUGCUGCUUUAGAGCUUCAUAUUCAGCUUUCUCGUCUCACAGCUAGAAUAUUGAAUGGUGUAUAUGGGGUAGAUCGGAACUUUGAUGGAAGCCUUGUCACAGAAACCCAGUCUGUUUUGCGUUUAAUUGCCAUGGUUUCGAUAAAUCUGAGCUCUUACAUGAGCACAACACUUCGUGGUGCUGAUGUGAAGACGUCAAAAGUCGCGACCCGUUUAGUCCUGUCGUAUCACCAUUGUGUUGUCCUCACAACUCGUCCUUUGGUGAUGUGUGUACUUCAAAAGAGGCUAGCAACCGGGAGUAAUGACAAGUCCAUACCGUAUGGACCCAUCAGUUCUUUACUCCAAACCUGUGUAGCCUCCGCGGUAAACACUCUCAAGGCAUUGAAGGCACUUGGAGACGACAACUUACUAGACGGCUUUCUACCAUUCCAACUCGAGGCCGCCUGGUCAUCCGCAUUUCUUCUCAAGGUACUCGAAGUUUUGUCAUCUGGCAUGGUCCCUGAUCAAUCAUACCUGGCAGAAGCACAUUACAUAUUCGACAUCAUGAAUCAGAGAGGGAGUCCUGCGGCAAAGCUGCGUAAGUGCGACUUUGAACGACUUGAACAGCUUGUGUCGUCUUUUCUCGGUACAUCAUCUCAAGGGAACAAUGAAUAUCCAGAAGAACACUUGUCCUCACAAGAGAAUUCCUCCGAACAAGCAAAUGCGGAGGGUUCUCACAAUAUCGAUCCUGUUGAAUCACUACAAUGGGAUCUCUUCGACAAGGAAAGCGGCUUCGCUCUCUCCCCGACGGAACUCAUGGACCUGGCUGAAAGCUUGCACAUGGAAGACUUCUUUGUCGCCAGGCAAGAAGAACAUGAUUGA